AAUACAUGCCAAGUGCUUUAAUCUGUGAACAGCACAGGUCAGUUAUAAAUGUUUCUCAUCGUUAAAGAAGAAAAAUUCUGUGAGGAAUUUCAUUAUAAUGAUUCAAGAACAUCACUUAAAUACACACUCAACUCUCGGAUUCCUAGCCUCCUGCUCAAUCCUGUGAUCUGACAACGUUCUUCUUGAACAAGCAAACAUCCUGACAUACCUGCAUCGACACUGGAACAACAUUUCUCAUGGCAGCUUCUCAGACCACUCAGUGGAGGUGGAUUUCUGGGAUUUUAGGAGUAACAGCCCUUGUGUUGAUGGCUACUUUGGGAAUUUUGUUAAAAAACACAGUUACUGAACCACAUAACCAGUCAACAGCAUCUCCAGGACCCACCACUGAACCCCAGAAAGGCUCUGAUUGCUGUUCUUGCCAAGAAAAGUGGGUUGGAUACCAAUGCAACUGUUAUUUCAUUUCUUAUGAUUAUAAAACUUGGACAGAGAGCCAGAUAUUCUGUAAUUCUCAAAAUUCUACCCUAGUUCAGUUGCACAAUGGAAAUGAAUUGCAGCACUUCAUGAGAUCCAGUGGAAAAUAUUACUGGAUUGGACUGUCUUAUAGUAAAGAACAUGAUGCCUGGUUGUGGGAAAAUGGCUCUGCUCUCAAUCGAGAUCAACUUUCAUUUACUACAGUUCCAAGUACAAAGAACUGCAUAGCUUACAACCCAUCUGGAAAUGUUUUGGAUGAACCCUGCAUAAGACAAAACCCAUAUAUCUGUAAACAACAGCUUAUGUAGGUGUUAUUUAGGCCAGAAGGGGUGGGCAAUGAAGGUUCAGUAUUACUAAAAAGGGUAAGUUUACCUCUUAUAUUACUACUACUUAUAUACUUCUUGGAUCUGUUAAAUGUUUCACAUUAUCUUGUCAAAAAUAUUGAUAUAUUUGAAACCAUGUAUUUUACAACUGAUAAAAUUUGUGCACUUACAUCUGAAGUUAUAAAACAUCAAGAUGAAGAAUUUCAUGAAUCUUUUGAUUUAAUGUACAUGUUCAGUAUUAAAUGUAAUAUAUUUUCAUGCAUAUUUUAAAUUUUUUGCAGUACUUUAAAUAAAACAAUUCACAUCAAACAAUAUUAAGAUCAUUUCAGAUAUUUGUGUGGCAUACUAAAUUGGGAAUUCCCAUCUUGUUUUUAUUUGUCUGGAAGUUAGUUCUUAUUUGCUGUCUAUACAUCUAUAUGUGUCAAUUUAGAGCUGAAAAUGCUAUAUGACAAUUUCCUUAUAUUUAUCAUCUGACUUCACAGGAGAAUAGAUUUGUAUCUUGCUGCUCCUGAGUUCUGUAGGACAAUCAAAAGUCUUUUGCCAAAUAUGUUUUUCUAUGUGAUUGCACUUGUAUUUUGUGAAGGAUCCGAGCCCUAACCACAUACAUUUACAAUAUCUAUUUCUUUACUCCACAGGCCUGUCUUGCCUUAUGCGUAUUGGUCAGUAAAAAUGUCACAUAUGCAUUAAAAAUCGUAAUCACUAAUCAAUCCUAAAACUCUUUUCUAAAAGUUUGUCAAAACUGAACAAUUCCAUUUAAGGGGGUCAUGGGAGAGAAGGAGAAGGAGCAGUCCAUUUUACUGAGGGGUUUCUGAGUAUGUCAAAGAAGGGUGGGGCCACAGUAAGAUCCACUGUCCUGACCAGAAUGGGAUUUUCCCCAGCCUCAAAGAUUUCAAAAGCCAAUUUCUUUUUUAAAAAAUUGUUGGAUGUACAUCUUAAGAUAUUUAUAUUGACAUCUCUAUUUGCUUACUAAAAAUCAUAUU